AUGGUGGCCUUGAAUGACCGCUAUGUCGGGCUCCUACUCGCUGUUGCUGCCUCCAUUGCCAUCGGAACGAGUAGUGUAAUCACGAAGAUGGGUCUCACGGCUGCUGCGGGACAGGGGAAAAAUGCGACGGAUGGCUUUGCAUACCUUCAGAAUCCAAUAUGGUGGGGAGGCACCCUUGCUUUGGCUGUUGGUGAAGCCGCAAACUUUGCUGCGUAUACGUUUGCACCGCCUGUAAUGGUUACGCCCCUGGGAGCUCUAAGCGUCAUUAUCGGGGCAAUCCUUGCCUCUGUUAUUCUCAACGAAAAACUUGGCCACCUUGGUCGCGUAGGCUGUGCUUUAUGUAUCCUCGGAACUACCAUCAUCGUCCUCCAUGCUCCAGCCGACGCGGACAUCACCACCAUAACUCAGUUUCUCGACUACGCACUUGCUCCUGGAUUCCUCUUCUACUGCUUCACUGCAACGGUGUUCUCAUUAGCGAUGAUUUUUCGUUGCUGCGCCCAAGUACGGGCGCACGAAUCCGCUGGUGUACAUAAGCAUAGCAAGUAUUGUGGGCGGGGUAUCAGUCAUGUUCAUCAAAGGAUUUGGCAUUGCGUUGAAGCUUACAUGGGAGGGCAGCAACCAGUUCGUCUACCCAAGCACCUACCUAUUCGGAUUAAUUGGGCUGAUAUAUUCUCCGUGAACUUAGUCAACCCACUCUACUACGUCGGCUUCUGUACCGCAACGAUUGUGGCCUCCCUUAUCCUCUUCAAAGGCUUCAAUACGACCUCGCCCGCCAAUACCAUUUCCCUUCUUUGCGGCUUCAUAAUCACAUUCCUUGGUGUCCAUAUACUCAACAUCGCGUUAUUGGACAGCGCUGUCGAGGCUAACACGCAACGCUUAAGCGGUUCUUAUGGCCGGAUGGGAGUCGGCGAUCAUGACGAAGAGAGGUAUGUCCGGACGCCGCUGUUUGCUGCCUAUGACGAAGAAGAGCAAUUGCAACAUGAGGGAUCGGAUGAGGUCCGAAUGCACAGGGUCCACGCGAGUAGAGGGUCGAGAGGGGAAGACAUUAGGGCUUCGAGAGCAGUUUAA